AUGGCGGCUUUCCUUUUUUUCUUCUUCCCCAUGCAGCAGGUGGAGUCGGACGAGAGCACGCAGCGUGCGGAGCGCGCGCGGCGCGCAGAGCUGGUGAAGGGCUGCAACACAGUUCUGGCUGAGCUGGCAGGCCUGGACUUCCCGCGCGCAGAGGUGCAGCGGUACGUGUCGCGCGCGGUCAAACCGCCGGUCAAAUACCAGGGCUUCCCCGUGGAGCGCGCGGCGGCGGCGCUGCAGGCGCUGCUGGCGCCGGCCAGCGAGGACGGCAGCGAGCGGACGCAGGACACAGAGGCACUGGUGGUGCUCAAUGCCAUGCUGUCUGAUGUGUGGCGCUGGCGGCGUCGAGGCGGCUUUGGCUCCAGCGACGAGGACUCGCUGCCGCACGUCCAGGCGCUGCAAGCGCUGCAAGGCCUGGACCGCACCGGCGAUUGGGUGCAGAAGAGUCAGCAGGACGGCGAGCGCGUGACCAGCAGCCUGCUGGACAACCUGCCCAUCUCUGACGCCGAGAAGUCGGAGAUGUCGGGAGCUGUGCAGCAGUGA